AAUCUUAUGAUCAGUUGUAUUUCUCGAAUUGAACGGAUAGCAGUUUUAAAACCUACAACAUGAAAUACUCCAUUUUUAUCUUAACAAUCGCUUUACUUUUGAUCUGUUUUAAAUCUGUUGCAACCCAUAGUCCACAUUCUGAUCAUGACUUCUCGGAUAGUCUAAAUAGCAAUAGCAUUUAUCGCAAUGACGAACAAGCCUCCGUACAUACGAAACAUGAUAAAUAUGGUCCUUAUCACAAAGACACUGUAGUAGUUGAAGAUGCCAAUGGUAAUAUUCAGGAGAAGACAAAAAUUUAUAGAUCUGUUAGCUCUAAAUUGAACUUAAAUAUUGGAAUAUGUUCUAUUUUAUUAAUUGUAGGGUGUAUGCUUAAAUAGUCCUUAAAAAAGUUUUUUUUUAGGAAAUUUAUAAAGAAAUAAAUAGAUUGACUAUU